AUGAUUGGUCAAACUAACGCUGUUAAUCCUGCUAUUCUCGAUCCCACGUUUAUGGCCAACGGAAUUCUCCCGAGACACUCUACUCCCACUCGAGAUCCACAUCUACAGUACACACACCAACGACAUUCACCGUCUACGCCUACCGAACAGAUGCGACCACCUCACCCACCGAACCAACCCAUGUUCCCAAAUCACUAUCAGUUUCCGUUACCGCCUCAGGGCUACUAUCAACACCCACCGUUCGUAUAUGAUAUGAACACCAUCACGGGUUUGAGCAAGGGCUUACCGAGUACGGAAUCUAUACCCAAGCUUACGGGUCGGGAAAACUUCCGUGCCUGGUUCGAGGCCUUGGAAUCGGCUGCGUUAUCGGCGAAUGUCUAUCCCCAUAUCGCUUCUGAACCUUCUGAAGGAGCACCAUAUGACCCUAUAUCCAUCCCCACCUACCCCCCAUCGGUCGCGCCGGACUCACCUCCUCAUGUUUUGGCUUUCUACCAACAGUGGUGGCAAAAAGACAAUGUCGCCUCCCAUCUCGUUACGGCAAAGCUCUCGGAUACAAUUCGCUUACAGAUUCCGACGAAGAGUUUGAACCGUCGAAUGCCCGCGCGGGAGAUUCUUCGGGAGGUCCAGAAGAUCUACGGUGUGGUGGACUACACGUCAGCACUUGUUCUUGUCUCCGAGAUCACCAACCUUACCUGCAACGGGGAGAAGAAACUGUCGGUCGAUUCGUAUAUUUCGACCUGGCGUUCGAAAUUCAACACACUCAUUCAGUCCAGCUACAACCCUGACGGCCGUGUCCUCGCCCAGAAUUUCCUGCUUGGUUUCCCCUCCGACGAUAUCGACUGGAAGAUAUGGGCAGCACGUCACAUGCACUUCCUCGAGACGGACUCCCCCUGA